CUGUGAAGGAGGCUACUAUACAUCUCAUGUACAAGGACUCAACCAGCCAGAAAGUUGAAGUGUCAGUUCAGAGAUUAAUAUCCCAUCAUAGAACUGACCACAGUUACAGGAAACUAAACUUCCUGGGUAAAAACUUCCAGGCAGCUAUAACAAGAAUCUCUAUUAGUUGUAUCAUGAAUCAGCUCUCUUCAUGAUGGAUGAAGAAGAAUUUGGACAGAAAAGGCCUCCCCUGUCUGUUACCAUAAAGGGAAUCCUUGAGAGGUAUCCUGAUGGACAAAUCUUCAAGGAGAUGAUUCAGAAUGCUGAUGAUGCUGGAGCUACAACAGUGUGGUUUUAUGUUGACGAGAGACAGCAUAGCACUUCCAACCUCCCUCAUCGUGGCUUGGCCAUGUUCCAAGGCCCGGCUCUGGUAGCUGCCAAUAAUGCCUGCUUUACAGAAGAGGACUGGAAGGGAAUACAGAGCUUGCAGCAGAGUAUCAAGGCCGAGGAUCCCUUUAAAGUUGGAAGGUUUGGGAUUGGAUUCAACUCUGUCUACCAUCUCACUGACCUGCCAAUAAUCAUCAGUGGCAAUCGCUUAGCUUGUUUUGAACCUCAAGAAACAGUGUGGAGAGGUGAAGCUGGGAAAGCAUUCACUCUGUCUCACCUUAUCGAGCAGAAAUCUGACUUUAUCACCCCGCUCAAUGGCUUGGCUGGUUUUGAAAACUCGGCCCGUUAUUCGCAGACUAUCUUCCGACUUCCAUUACGCACAAAAACAUCUAGUCUCUCGGAAAAUAUAUACAACAUUCAAAAACUGCAAGAGCUCCUCGAUGCUCUUAGAAAGGAGGCCAAGUAUUUGCUUCUGUUUUUGAAGUCAGUGUGCAAGAUCCAAGUAGUGCACAUCUCACCGAGUGGUCAGCACAGCACAUCCUUCUGUGUGGAAAUAGAUCCAGCUAAUCUAGUAUCAAUUACUUCCAAGCGUUGUUUGUUCAUGCAGCAACUUCGGCAGGCUCAUUGUCUACGGCCAUACUCAAUUUGCCAAGUAUUUUCAUUCACAGCUACUUUCACUGUAAUAGUGACUGAUAACAAUCAGAGGAGUAACCAAGCUGGCAAGAGCAAUUGGCUGAUAGCUAAUAAUGUCGGAUCAGCAGACACUGCAGUACAAGCAGCUGCAGCUAAGCAGCGUACCUUUCCGUGGGUUGGUACAGUAUUGGAGCUAGGUGCUAGUUCUGUUGGGGGUCGGAUAUUUUGUUUCCUUCCCAUGCCAGUGGAGGCUGCAUCUGGACUGCCAGUUCAUGUCAAUGGAACAUUUGGGCUCAACGACGAGAGACGUAGUUUAAAGUGGCCUGGAAUUGAGAGGAGGAAUGAUCCCACAGCAAAUUGGAACAAAAUUCUCGUUAGUCAGCUCCUCCCACCUUGUUAUGCUAUGCUACUAAUGGAGGCUAAGAAAUGUAUUUCUCAUGAUCAGUUCUAUAGAGCCUGGCCUGAUUUGGACACGGUCAAGCAACACUUUUCUGAGAUUCUCCAUCCUUUGUACAUUUCAUUGUUUCAGCAAGCAGUUGUUUGGGCUGAGAAGAUCGAAGCACUUCAAGUCCUUGGGAACUGGAUUCUCAUCUCUCAAGCAACGUUUAUCAGUGAAGACAGCAGACUUCCCUCCAUUGUGAAACGAGUUCUCACCAAUUCUGGUGUAUAUCUAGUCGAGGUCCCUUCAAACAUAUGGAGAGCAAUGUAUCACGCCAAGGUUGGUGUCACGGAGGUAUCUCCUAUGUUAGUUCGCUCCAAACUUCGCACCCACCCUGAAAGUUAUUCUAACAUUGACCCAAUUGGCAAGAGGGUGAUUUUGACGUACUGCCUCUCUGACAAUUGCUACAACGAUCUCAAAGGUUUAAAUCUUCUACCCCUAGCGAAUGGUAGCUUUACUAACUUCGAUACCACUUUCGGACAGCAAACCGUUUACCUUUGCUCUAAUGAUUGUCCGCGAUCCUUACUCCCUAACUUGAACCACUUACUUGUCGAUGCAUCAGAUGAUAUAAAUCUUCAACAAAAUUUGUAUUCUGUGGCUGCUCAACAACAAACAAAACUUCGACUCCUCACUGAGAGAGAUGUUGCUAGUCUCCUCUCCAAGGCUCUACCUUCAAGCAGGAGCAGUCUAGUGCCCAUGCCCCACCCUCAGAUUCCCUCCACUUGGCUUCAGACCUUCUGGAAUUGGAUGCAGAAUAAAAAUUUACAAUAUUUUGCUAACCAGCUUCUAAUUCCUUGCUACAUCUCCACCUCUAGCUCAACAAGAAGUUUUUGCCUUGCUCCCCUUAGCAGUGUACAGGCCGUGAUUUAUGUCAGCAGAUUUUCGUCUUGCUCUAGCAGUUUGCUCUCUGCUCUUUACAAAAUGAAUAUCAGAAUUUGCCUACAAAGUGAAUUCAGUUAUAUACAGCACAGGCAACUUUCAUCAUGCAUAAAGCAGCUAGACACAAACAACGUGUUAGAUGUCAUAGCAUCACAGCCAAAUUACGGAGGAAUUACUUUUACAGCUCCAGAAGCUGACAGCUUGAGAGUUUUUCUCAUAUCUAGCACUUACACACCUUCUCCAAUGAGAAUUAAUGUCUUAAAGAACAUUUGCAUAUUCUCGUCUGCUUCAAACUCAUCUGAAAAACUGUUUUCUAUUAACACAGCAACAUUGAAUUCUGUAACAAGACAAGUAGUAGGAGAACCAAACAACUGUGCUUUCAAUGUUGCAAACCUGCCUUCAAACUUCAUUGUUCUGUCCCGAGGAAAUCAGUAUCAGCUGCAGCUAUUGCAAUCCUUAACUAUCUCUUUUCCAUCAGAUUGCAAACUUCUUGUUGAUCAUGUGUUUCCGCUCAUUAAAAGCAGGACAUUCCCAGACCACCUCAUCGACAACAUAAUGUCAGAAGUACUGGCCAUGUUUCCAGUCCUCAACUCCAGAGAGUACAAUAUUAAUAUGGCCAGUCACCUUCAGGGCUUACAAUUUGUAAAGACAGCUAAUGGGCGAAAGAGUCCUUUGGAACUAUUUACGCCUUUUGAUUCAGAUAUUUUGAGCCUGUAUAGCGGAGAUAAUGUAUUCCCUCAGGCUCCUUACAACACGUAUGAGAGAGUUCAAACUUUAAAAACCUGUGGUCUCCGUGUCGCAGUUACCCCACAACAAGCCCUUGACAUUGUCUACUCCAUUAGUUGUUCCCACAGCACACGUCCACAACAAGUCGAUAGCGUAAAGCUAAGUCGGGCCAAGGCAGUGCUUAAUUACAUAAGCACACCUACUUUUCAAAAGCAAACUGGUGGACACUAUGUAGUAGCUAAUGAUCGUUAUCGAAAUUACACCUUCUCAACUGCUCUUAAGCAUCUAGCUACUAACUGGAGCUGGCUCCCAAUUCUCAGUGAUAAGCCGUCCGGCUAUCCUGAGAAUAUGUCAUGGAAAGGGCAAGGCCUUAGUUCACAUUUUAUUUCUCUGAGCAACUCCAUAGUUGCACCUUUGGAGCAAAGUACUCUUCCCUACCUAGUUGGCUCACAGGCCUAUAUUGUAUCUCCUACUGUUGCCCAUUAUAUUGCCGAUAUGCUAUCAACUGAUUCUGGUAGUCUUUCACAGUAUGUGGUCGCUCACUAUAAAGAGAUACUCACACUCAAGGAUCAACUCUCUGCAGAUGUUAUGAACUGGCUUGUUCUUCAAGUGUAUGGCUACAUGAACAGUCAAGGUGCUUCCUAUCGUGCAUCAUUAUACUCUAUUCCAGAAUGGAUAUAUAUCAAGAAAGACAGGAAGUUUGUAGCUCCAGCUGUAGUAGCUUUAAAGCAAAAAUCUACUUUCAAGCGUGACCUUGAACCGUACAUUUACGUUCUACCCGACACCCUAUCUGAAUUUUCCAUACUUUUUGGCUCAGCUUCUAGAAUCUCAAAAAACGUUAGUCAAGCCCAGAUCUUGUCCAUCCUCAAGAUGAUCAGAGACAAUGUACAAGCUAAUGUUCACCAAACAAAUGCUAUAGAAUCCUGGAGUACAGUCAUGAGCAUUCUUAACUGGCUUACGAACGAUGGAAACCAGAAUGUUCCCGAUGAAGUUAUGCCAGAAGAUGUUCUGGUACCAGUGGAGACACAGUCUGCAUGGCCCCAGCUAGUUCAAGCUUCGGAGGUGGUGUACACAGACAAUGACUUCCUAAAGGAUUACCUGCAAUCGUCUGAGGAAGAACACUCCAACCAAUUUGUGCAUGACCACAUUUCUGCUAGCCUGGCUCAUAAUCUUGGUGCAGUUCCGUUGUCGGAGUCUUUGGAUAUUUCUGAAGACACAUUUGAAGAUGCUGGUCAGCACGAACCACUCACCACUCGAUUGAAGAAUAUCCUCCGAGACUACAAAGAUGGACUCACUAUUAUCAAGGAACUGUUGCAAAAUGCUGAUGAUGCAGAGGCUACUGAAGUGAACAUUUGCUAUGAUGCUAGGCAGCAUGAAGCAAAUCCAAAGAAACUGUUCUUCUCAGGAAUUGCUGAAGCUCACGGUCCUGCUCUUAUCGUUCACAACAAUCGAACCUUCUCAGAUGAUGACUUUAAGAAUAUAACCAAGCUAGCAGCAGCAACCAAGCAGGAUAAAGCUCUCAAAAUUGGCAAAUUUGGAAUAGGCUUUUGCUCUGUGUACCACAUGACAGAUGUUCCGUCCUUCAUCAGUCGAGAUUACUUGUACAUAUUUGAUCCUACUCUUUCUUACUUGAAGAAAGAAGUCAAAAAUCCUGCACAACCUGGAAAGAGAACUAAAUUUACGCACAGGCUUAUAUCUGGCUCAAAGCAGUUAGAUCCGUACAUAGGUCUGUUUGGAUUCGAGAGAACACACAGUUAUCAAGGUACAUUGUUCCGAUUGCCUUUCCGCACAAAUGCCAGUGUGCUUAGUGGGACUUGCUAUACUGAAAACACUUUUACAGAUCUCGUGUCAGCCAUUAAAGAAUGUAGCUCCAGCUUACUUCUCUUUUUGCAACAUGUGAGAACAAUUACUUUCCAGCGAAUCGAUCCUGGCCAAAAUGCUCCAGUAGUCCUGUUGAAAAUAUGCCGUGAGAGUAUUCACUCCCCCAUUUCUCUUCCUACUGGAGUUGAGAUUCAAAGUUUGUCUUGUACAGGAGGGGCACAGGAUGUAAGUAAAAACUGUCAUUGGCUGAUUUCCCAAGCAAAUGAAAGAGAUUGCCAGAAGAUAUACUACACUGCCACAGUUGCUUGCCCGUUAGGCACUUCUGGUAGCUACAGUUUGAACGAAAGUUUCCCAGGAGAGAUAUUUUGUUUCCUACCGCUCUCUCAGAAGUCAGGGCUACCAGUUCACAUCAGUAGCAACUUUGCUGUGAUCAACAAUCGCCGAGGCAUCUGGACUUCUGACGAAGCUACCUCACAGACAGGCAGAGAAGUCGCAUGGAAUAUCACUCUAAUGCAAGGGGUCAUUCCAAGAGCUUAUCAUACACUUUUGAUAGCACUGAAAGGAAUGAACAUCCAGGGCUAUAUUUUCCAUGGUUUGUGGCCACAAAAGACAAAAUUAUUGAAUCAAAAUCCAUGGAAGUAUAUGGUAUCACAGCUGUAUGUACUGAUUUCAUCAGACCAACUUUUCUACUCAGAGUACCUAAAGCAAUGGUUACAUUGCAAUCAAAGCAGAUUUCUUGCUCCUGGAAUCUUGUGUCAGUCAUCAGAGCAAUCUUCAACUCCUCAAUGUGUUACUAGAGUUGUCAAGUAUCUAUACCUGCCAAUAGUUGAACUACCUAUCACAUUCCAUUCUUACUUCAAUUUGAAAGAAGUUACAAUUGAUGAACCCGCUUUCACCAAAAUUUUUUUCCAGAACUUGAAAUCUCUUGAGUCGAUCCUCAGCACUCGCUCUGAGGUAAUUCAGUACAUGCUUGAGGUGUAUGCAGCUGAGUAUGAUAAUGAAACAGAACGGAGCUACUUGUUGGAUGUUUACUUCAAGAAUUAUGCCUCCAUACCAUGUACCCCUGACGGCAAAGUACUCAGAAAAUGCACUGAAGUUGUUGACCGUGAUGCUGAUUUUGCUCCUCUGUAUGAUAAGUCUGAGAGCUGUUUUCCUAUUGACGAACUAUCGGAAAGGCAUCUUUCCGGCACAGCCUUGCUUGAUCUUGGUAUGAUAAGUGAAGCUAUUCCAUAUGAUAUGCUUGUGGAGCGUGCUCGUACUAUUCCGACUUUAUAUUCAUCCAACAAAACCAAAGCUUUAAAGCGUGCAAAACUUGUUCUGUCAUCAUGUACCAAAGUUGUUAGGGCAGCAGAAUUGCCACUUACUAAACGAAAGAACGCUAAAUCUCGAAGUUUACCAUACCAGAAACCCAUCAGUAGUGGGGAGCUAUCUUCUAUUCCAUUUUUACCAGUGCUUCCAAAACCAACAGGAUACCUUCUUCCAUGGAAAGGAGAUGGGCAUGAACUCAUGUGUGGUAAAGAUUUGAUGAUUGUAGGCCAAGAUAGGUAUAGAGGAAGUACCGGUAUCAAUCCUGAUCUUGCUGGGUCCCAAGUUACAUUUGUGAAUGAAAACCGUGUUGAAGAUGGAGGCUGUGGGUAUAUCAACCAAGAUAGUCUUUCGGUGAUGAGCAUACGAAAAUCACCUUCCAUGGAUGAAGCUAUUGCACAACUUGCUGAGAUACAAGGAGUGUUUGAAUCUCAACUGCCUACUGUAACACAAGAGUUGGUGGAAAGUAUUGAUAGAAUGUGCCGUCAAUUGUAUGGUUUCCUUGACAAGCAACUUGAGCCUGAGAAAGUUCAUACAUAUUUUCCGUGGCAUUCAAAACAAGAGCCAUCAGGUAGAAAUCAGAAGGAAAUUCAGCACCUGCAAAUAUCAUCUGUGUGGACUGGGAAGCAGUUCGUCAACAAGGAGGUUGUUGGAAGUGACUGGAGCUGUGAUGGUCCCUAUCUAUACAAAGUACCAGCAAGUUUAUCAUCGAGGAAACACUUGAUUGAAUCUUUGCAGUUGAAGAAACAUUUUUACCUGAAGGACAUUGAGAAAGCUCUUAAAGCUAUGAAGAGCGAUUUUAAAGACCAACCAGUAGAUAAGCAGUGCCAGGCCGUGCUACAUUCUGUUGUAACUCUGCUUCACCAUAUCGAACUGAAUCCAGUAACUAUCCCCACACUUAUGCUUCCUGGUGAAGAUUAUGUCCUGCACAAGUCAAACACACUGGCCUAUAAUGACGUAGACUGGGCACCAAAGGACCCUAAGUACACUUACGUACAUGACACCAUUCCACCAAGCCUGGCAAAGAAACUGGGCGUGGUACCAGCAAGAAGUAGAAUCCUGGAGAAAUUUGUGAGCUCUUCAUCCAGUCAAUUUCAGAGUAUCAAAUUCGGCCAGCAUGAAGAACUAACUAGCAGGAUUCAAAACAUAAUACGAGAUUAUCCGUUUGAUAUCACAAUUCUUAAAGAACUUCUCCAAAACACUGAUGAUGCCAAGGCAACUAAAAUGUAUAUCAUUUUGGACAUGAGGACUCACGGAAAUCAAGGAAUACUAUCGCAGAAUUGGGAUAAACUUCAAGGCCCAGCUCUUCUAGUUUGGAAUGACAGUGUCUUUUCUGAGAAAGACUUGGUAGGCAUACAGAAAUUGGGGCUUGGGAGUAAACGCACUGACUACGAAAGUAUUGGUCAGUACGGCAUCGGCUUCAAUGUUGUUUACCACCUCACUGAUUGCCCUAGCUUCAUCACUGGAGGAGAAACUAUGUGUGUGCUGGAUCCACACUGUAAGUAUGUGCAUGAAGCUAAUGUGCUCUAUCCAGGACGAAGAUUUGAAGGUUUGAGUCAGGGCUUCUGGAAAUUAUUUCCUGAUAUGAGCUCUGCUUAUCUGCAGUCUGGCCUUGAAAAUUGCCCUCCUGAGCUUAGUGGUGGCUCUUUAUUUCGAUUUCCUUUAAGGCACACAGAACAGCAUUUGAGAGACUCACAAAUUGUCGCUAGAAAUAAGAACGGAACUCCAGUUGGUGUACCUAUAACAUCUAGAAGCAUGCUUAAAAUGCUUCAAGAUUGGGCACCCAGUAUGAAAGAAGCAAUGCUUUUUCUCAAUAAUGUCACAGAACUAAAAUUCAUGGUUAUAGGAGAAAAUAGGAAGACUAUAGACAUCAUGAAUAAGUAUUGCACUGAAGUUGACGAUUCAGUUCAAAAGAGUCGCCUACAGCUUCAUAAAGCAAUGUCUGACUUUAACAACAAGAAAGGAAACAAAUCUCUUGUAAUCAGAUACCCCUUAACCAUUAGUGACAUACGUUUCUCAUCUGGAAAGGAAGUUUCAACGGUCGAAAAGUGGUUAAUUCAACAGGGGCUGGGAGAUAUGGAGAAUGAACAACAAACGUGGAGUUUUGUUGAAACGAUCAAGCCAAGACAUGGGAUUGCAGCUCCUAUCUCAUUGCCUCCACGUCCCAGACCAAUGACACCAUACACUCAAGUUUUUCUAAAGACUGCACUAUCAAGCGAGGAAAAAUUCAGGGGCAAAGUGUUUUGCUUCUUGCCUCUACCAGUUACAUCAAAACUGCCGGUGCAUGUGAACGGAAACUUUAUUCUGAACUCAACCCGUAGAAACUUGUGGAGUUGUACAGAGGAGGAGAGACAAGAUGACCGAUCUGUUUGGAACAAUCGAUUGUUUCAAGCGAUAUCCUCUUCGUACGCAAUUCUUCUUGAGCAUUCUCAAUCUUUUUAUGUAUCCACUGAGCCGUACAAGGGAUGGCUCACAGUGAAUCAUGAUAUCAGGAAGUACUAUGAGAUAUUUCCAUAUUCUUCUGAAUUAGACAAAGUUUUCAAAAAAUUUGCAGAUAGUGUUUAUGAGAAACUGGUUUCCCACAACAAAAACAUUAUGGCGGUAGUGGACAAGAAAUACUCCGCAAGUAUUUCACCAUUGUCAACUAGAUCAAAGAAUACUACUAGUGAGUCAAAACAAUUGCAAGUAAUUUGGUAUCCUCCUAAAAGCCGUGAUCCAUCCACUCAAGUAUACUUCUGGUCAUACGUUUCUAGCAUUGAUGAAGAGUGGAGAGAAAUAAAAACAAUUCUGGAAAGCAUAGGCAUGAAACUGACAGCAGCAAGUCAUUUUAUUCAAGCUCAACUCAACGAAUUCAUGAAGGAGGGUACCAAGAAGAUUGAAUCUACCAGCCCGCAAACUGUAUUCGAGUACUAUUCAACAUUUUGCUCUCAGGCAAGCAACACAAGACAGUUCCCAUGUGCUAUCAGUGACACUGUUUUUAGAGAUGUGUCUAGAUUUAAAAUGUUUACUGAAUACCUCCUACGAGACACUAUAUGUACAACUGCUAAGGUAUCACUGAUUCCCUCAAGGAUUAAAGCCAGUCCAGAACCUACAAACCCAUCGGAAUUCUCAAGUGAACCGUUUGGUCACCCCCUUCUCUUAACUGCAGAUGGUCAGUUGAGGAGAUUCCAACAAGAAGCGAAGGUUAUCAAGUCAAUUUUUUCUGAGCUUUUUCCCAGUGCCUCCGAGUGUUUUGUCCACCCUAAAAUGAUAGAGGUUGCAUACAGCUGUGACUAUUUUAUAGUCUGUCAGCCAUUGUUAGACAAUUCUUACAGUAUGGACCUUGUCAACAGGCUUCUAUUCCAUCACUUACCCAAGUGCCUGAAAACAAAACGAGUACUACAGCUUCCUCCAGAAUUGUCAAAGGACCAGUUGUACACAUAUUGGAAGUGCUUUUCAUCAGAUUCUGUUUUUAGUUUCCACAUGCCCACUUUACUCAAACAAUGGGCUCUUUUACCAAGUACAUGUGGCAGUCUCCACUCGUACAGUGACUCGCUUGUUCCUGUUUAUCCAGUUACAAAGCAUGAAACGGAAGCCUCUUCGCUCGUUCUCGAAGUGUAUCAAGUCCUACAAAAGGCAGGCAUGCCUAUCCUGGAUAUCAAAGUUGUUGGCUUUGCUAAACUAUCUUGCCCAGUUCUAUCUAAUGUGUGUGAUAUUUUAAAGGCAAUGUUUUAUCUUAAUCAAAAGAAGGACUUGUCUGUGAUUAUUGGGAAGAACAUUAGAACAAUGGUGUCGUAUCUCAAACAAAUCGAUUUUAGGAACAAUCCGGAGAGUCUUAAGUAUGUCAAGUCUCUUCCUCUGUUUGAGUGCGUGGAUGGUGAAUUCAGAGCUUUACAUGAUAAAUCAGCUUAUGUCUGGCCAUGUGAAGCCAGUGAUGUUGGCUACUCUGAAUGGAGUGAAUGUGUUCCAAUGGCUGUUUUCGUCAAAACUGGUUUAUGGGAACUCCUUGGUUCUCCAGAAACAUUACUUAUUACUGUGCUCUCUGUAGAAGAGUUAUACAGCAAAUUCAUUUUCAAAAACUUCCAUGUACUUGAUGAGCACAGUAGAUACAGUCACCUUGCCCAUAUCAGAGAUGAAUUAUUUGACAUUAUCAGUGUUUGUGCAAGCAAUAAAUCUAAGCACAACAAAAACAGGGAACGAGCUGCAACCUUUAUCUGUGACUUAAAAAGACUCAAUUGUAUUGGUGAAGAUGUCUUGAAACCAGUGAGCAGCUAUUGCAACCAUGAAGUCGAGAUUUUCAACACUUUCAGUGAGUACUUCGAUUUUCUCCCUGCCUACUUUAAAAGUGCAUGGAAAGAAUGGCUCAAGUUCUUCAUGGAGUUAGGACUGAAGUGCACAGUUACAAUGGAACAAUUUUUGCUGUUUUGCAAUAAUACUGCCAACGGUAAGCAAAAAGAACCUGUGCAAGCUUCCAGUGUUCUUCUUAAGUAUCUGUUUUCUGACAUUGCGAAGGAAGCUCAGUGGCAUCAGAACAGAGGUUUUCUUGAACAAGUAGCCAAGAUACCAUUUGUGCCUACACUAUCUCUUCCAGCAAUCUCCUGGAUUCGACCUGCACAAUGUGGGUCAAACACUAUCAUGAUUGAUCGACAGCGUCACUCACUUGUACAACUCAAUGAAGUAGCCACUUCUAACUGUGCUGUUCUCUUGUGGACGGUUAAACCGAUAGUAACAUUUCCCGCAAACUGGAUGCCUUUCUAUGUUGCUGAGCAUGCUCAAUUGGCAAAUAUGCUUGGUAUUACAUAUGAAGCCGACAGUUCAGAUGUGAUAAGUAACAUCAGGAACAUAUGUUCAUCAUCAAAAUUUACUAACAUUCAACACUUUGAUCAGUACCCAGGGAAUAAUAAACCUCCUUCGGAGACAAGUAAGUCACUCAUGUCCGUCAUGGUGGAGCAUGUCAAGUUUCUCCAUCAUAAACACAGCUUGAAGAAACUUGAUGAUGAUGCAGUACGUCUUCUCAGCAAUACUCCUUUCAUUCCAGUUUAUAGUACAUUUGAAGCGACUCAUCAUUGGCAAGUUAUCCUUGUGGAACCAAGUAGAGUUUUGCAGAGUGGAGUGAGCAAAGUUUAUCACCCAUUUCUCCAUAACCUCGACAAACAAAUGUCAGGCUGUAUUCAUUUGUUACAAGAUCUUGGAGUUGGUUCUUCUGUAAGCCUGCAUCAUAUUCAACUGGUGUUACAGAUGGCUUUCGAUCGCUCAUCAGAGCAAACCCUUGAGCCAAAGACGAGAGAGUGUGUUAUAGCAGCACUAAAAAAGCUCAUUGAGCUUUUGUCUUCUACAUCAUUCGGUUCUGGUGAUAAGUAUGUAGAGGAGCUACUUUACCCGCUAUACCUACCGAAUCAUAACAAUAAAUUGGCCCUUUCAACAACACUAUUGUAUGCCGAUGAUGUAAAUUUCAAGGGAAAAUUUCAUCCAAAACUUGAAAAUACUAUAUAUUCUUUAUUGCGAAUCAAAGCACCAAAGGAUGGUAUUUUUAUGUUUGAGAGCGAAUUCUGCAAACUCCUUCCUAGUAAAGUUAGGCCAUUGGGAUUGUCAACCCUGUGUUCUCAAACAGUCUUGUUGGACUGCAAAGCUACUGAACAUAGUGAUGCGGGAACAGCAUUGAAAGAAACAUUUUCAAUGACACCCAACUUGCCAAAUGCGAUAGCUGCUUGUGUGACCUAUUACGAAUCCAGCACAUCGUUGGAGACGAUUACGUCUAUUGCAUCAGAGUUUCUUAGCAACUUGGAAAUAAUAACACUCAACCACCUGCGAGUAGCAAUCUGUUUCAAAGAGACUCUGUCCCAACAGAAACUUGGAAAUUUGGACACAGACUUUUUUAUUGAGGUAGUCGAAGAGACAUUCAGCGGAUGCUUAUAUCUGGACUCACAACUCAAAAAGAAUUCUCAUCGUUUUUUGACCAUUCAUAAAGCAUUAGCAAGUAGACUGCUGCGUUUAAUUCGUCUUAGGUUGGAGCAACCAAGUGCAAUGACCAGUGAUGUUUAUGAAAAACUGCACAGUGUACUUUGUAAGCUGCUGAAUGCACAGAAUUAUGGAGAAAUCAAGGAAAUUUUAGACUACGACAGUAUUCCUCUUACUGGAGAAGGAACGGAGGAAGCCACAUUCAAACUGGGUAAAGAUGUUCCUGAAUGUUGGCAUCAUAGACUCGAUCAAACAGUUGAGAAUGUUUUCCACCCUGGGGAGAUAGUGGGAUAUGAAAUGAUGGAAAAUCACAUUAUUUUUGUCCAGAUUAUGCAUCCAAUUCUUUUGGAUGGCUACGACAGCUUUGACUCGAUUCCCCCUGUCAACAUGAGGUAUGUAAUAUUGACAGAUUCAGACAAUGAAGAAGGUGUGGAAGUGGGAGUACUCGAGCUGUACAAGUUCUUAACAGGUUUGAAAACUGAUAAACCGAAACCAGCUGAGGGAGAAAAUAGAAUUGAAGUGUAUGAGGGAGAAUCUGAAAUAGUCCAUUUGCAGCAAAAACUAAGAAGAGAAAAUGUUAAACAGAUCAUUCUAGAUCUACAACGUCAGCUUUCAGACAUAUGGAAGCUCCCAGAAGAAGACAGGAAAAGAGCUAUUAGACGUCUCUGCCUUAAGUGGCAUCCAGACAAGAACCUGGAAAAUCCAGUUUUAGCAGAAGAAAUCUUUAAAUUUCUUAAUUCUGAGAUUUCAAGGAGAAAUGCCAGUAAUGAUGUUGACUGGGACGAUCUCGGAAGAACUGCCCGACGUCAAAGAGAAAGUUAUAAGCAAGAGCAAGAUUCAUCAAGACCUCGAGGAGGAUUUGGAAGCACUUCCUGGGGAGGUGGAUCUGCAUCUGGAAUGCCAAAAUUCGAAGAGGAGAAUCUUCGUCCUGAAAGAAAUCCUGCUGAAGGAAGACGCUGGUUUAAGCAAGCUGAGGCUAAUUUUAUGUCUCUUGUUACAUUGUUCACAGAGGCAAUUAAUGAGAAAAAGCUAUGUGCCGAUGUCUGCUUUAUGGCUCACCAAGUAGCGGAGAAAGCUCUCAAAGGAGGAAAGUAUUUUGUGUGUGGUUUAAGUGACAACUCGAUGAAAUCUCACAACAUCAGCACCCAUGCGUACGGUCUACAGUCUGAACGCCCUGGAGAGACUCACGGACUAGCCAAUCACACCACGCCCUUGGAAAGCUACUACCUCAACCCAAGAUACCCCAAUCGCUGGUCGUCUGGUAUUGUACCAGCUGACAUGUACAACUAUGAGCAGGCCAAGCAAGCCAAGGAUCAUGCCGAGGCUAUACUGAGAAUUAUCAAGAAUAUCGUAGAGUCUAUUUAACUAAAACAAUAUUUUGUUGUUGGACAUUGCAUUAUUAUUAGAUUAGAUCUAGCAACUUUAUUUUUCUUGGAUUAUAAUUAUGUUAUAUUUUGUGGGUACGUUGCAGUUAUACACAACAGUAGAAACGUUUGUUUGUGCACCCAUUUAUGUUACCUGAUCAGUGCUUGUGGUAGCUAUAGGAUGUUGAUGUGUAAGGACAGGUGGCAAAACUGGCCAUUUUUGUUA